AUGAGUACGACAAUAAGAGGCGGCAUGGCCGGCUACAGUGGGGGCAGCGGCAGCACCACCGGUGGCGAGGACCUCGUGUACUUCGAGUUGCGGGGAAGUUACUCGAUAACACGGCCUUUUUACGCGGAGGAUUUGCCGGAGAUAAGCCGGCGUAGCGCGGUGAUAAUGGCCUGUCACCUGCUGUCCCAGCCCCAGAUAAGCGAUUGGGACCGUUUGCGGCCGUACGUCGCCUCGUACCUGCACCGUGCCAUAUCGAGCAGUAGCGGCGUCAUAAGCUUCAACUCGUCGCUCAUCCAGUCCUUCGGUGACAACGCGUACGUGCACAAUUGCCCGGUUUACAAGGCAUCGGUCAAAGCGCCCAAGAACCGCAACGUCCGCCACGAGGUCCACGGUAGCCAGGAGCUCGGCGUCGGCGCCGGCAUAUCCGUCCACGUCAAGUACAAUUUGGCCAUUUUUUGCAGCCUCGAUCGCACCAAGGGCGACCUCAUCGACUGCACCGAGGCGCCCGAGCCGCACUACUCCUGGUGGGACCUCAUCAAGAUAGCCGACUGCGCCAGUCCGGGCCCCACCAAGGUGCCCUUCGUCGUUGUCGUUGACAAAGCUAUUUGCGCCGAAAUCAAGCGCAAUCCACUGGUCUGUCUCACGGAAAAGUAAGUCCACAGGGCUACAUACGAUUGGUAUACAUCGAUGCUUGUGUUUUGUUGGAAAAAUAGUUCAAGUGCCAUUUUUUCUUCUGUUUUUUUUUCAUUCGACUGGUCACCGAUCAUGUCUCGUCAUCGCUCACUUGUCGUUUUAUUUGUGAAUAAAUUUUUUUUUUUUUUUCCGUUCAUUCACGUUUAUUUUUAAAUUGCCAUAGUGUAUAUAAUACGUACGUUG